AUGAUAUCUUUAGUCGGAAACUGUAGUGAAGAAAAUAUGGCAAUGGCUUGCUCUUCGAAUGAUUUGCCAAUUGAAGCUGAUGACGAUAGUGAUAUGCCGGAGCUGAUUGAAACUGAAGCCGUGUUGGGCCUGUCUUUGAAUGAGCAGAAGAGUGAUGCGGGAUUGGCAUCUAGUGAUGCGUUUGUUCAGGAACUAAAAACUAAGAAAUUUUCCUCUGUUGAGGUUGCUGAUUCUUUCGCUGCGCUUUAA